GCAGUCUACGGGCGAGAGGCGGGGUGGACCCUGGACAGGUCGCCAAUCCAUCGCAGGUCAUUAAUACCAUUAGUUAAAAUAACUGAAUGAUCAAGGCCAGAGUAUUUUUUUAGAGGACAGAGCUUGCGUGGUCCUCUGGCCUACCGUUUCUUUCUUGACUCUGUGUCAUUGUGAUAGAUUUUAUGUCGAAGCUGCGGAGAGGAAGUGCUCUCUCAAUGUUUCUUGCGGUUUGAUGCUCGGCGGAGGCGAGAGGGAGGUAGAGUUGGACGACGGCGAGGAAAGGGAGGACUGCCGGCGGGGAGCCACCGAGGGACACAGGGAUGUACAGUAAACAUAGGCAGAAAAAUGCCCAAAUAUCACCGGCAAAAUGUGGACGUUUGCUGUUUUUGCUUUUUUUUCUUCUGCUGAACCGCCAACUGGAAACAGCCCACGGACAGCCAGGAAAACAAGGGCUGCCCAGGGGAAGGAAGGUGACAGCACAGUGGCUUUCUCAAGGUCGAGCUAGGAGGGCGGUACAGAACACAACACAGGACGAGUAUCCUGCCAGAGGCGAAAUUGUGCUCUCAUCAGGUGACCUCCAGCUGGUGCUACAAGUACAGCUUAAUCAGGAGCUUGUGAGUCCAGAGUUUACAGAGACAUACUACGACAAAGAUGGACAGCCUGUGACUGUGACCAAUCACAAUUACACCAAUCACUGCUUCUACCACGGCCAUGUAGGAGGACAUCCAGAUUCCUGGGUGGCUCUCAGUACCUGUUCAGGAAUCAGAGGCCUGAUUUCAUUAAACGCUAGUGACAUGUACUACCUGGAGCCAAUUAACGGUGUGAAUUCCUCCCACCAUUUACUGUUGAGUGCCAAGGAAUUGCCACUUAAAGGUGGAAGCUGUGGCCACAGCCAUCACACCACACAAGACAACCUCAUCUCGGACCUGGUAGGACCGGUUUACUCAAGGGUGAAGAGAAAUGCCUGGGGUACGACUAAGUAUAUGGAGCUGUACAUCGUGGCAGACAGCAAACUGUUCAAACGACAGGAAAGGAACUAUGAAAAGACCAAGGCAAGAAUAAUGGAAAUUGCCAAUUAUGUGGACAAGUUCUAUAAGGCUCUAAACAUUCGUGUGCCUCUCAUUGGCCUGGAGGUUUGGACUGAAAGAGAUCAAUGUAUCAUCUCUGAAGAACCAAAUGCCACCCUCUGGUCUUUCCUUCAGUGGAGACAGAAACUGAAAUCUCGCAAGAAGCAUGACAACGCCCAGCUACUCACCGGCGUGAUAUUCAAGGGGACAACAAUCGGGAUGGCACCACUGGAGGGAAUGUGCAGCCUGGAAAACUCUGGAGGCAUCACCGUGGACCAUUCAGAGGUUCCGAUUGGCGCUGCUGCCACCAUGGCCCAUGAGAUCGGCCACAAUGUGGGCAUGAGCCACGACCAUGACGGCUGCUGUGUGGAGGCCAGUGCAGAGCAGGGAGGCUGCGUCAUGGCUGCUGCCACUGGGCACCCAUUCCCACGAGUCUUCAGUCGCUGCAGCAAACGGGACCUUGACAGCUACUUCCAGAAGGGUGGGGGGAUGUGCCUCUACAACAUGCCCAACAUGAAGGACCUGGUGGGAGGCAAGAAGUGCGGCAAUGGCUUUGUGGAGGAUGGAGAAGAGUGUGAUUGUGGGGAACCUGAUGAAUGCACCAAUGACUGCUGCAAUGCCAAUAAUUGUACCCUAAAGGAGGGGGCUCAGUGUGCCCACGGAGUGUGCUGUGAUGGAUGUAAGUUGAAGCAGGCGGGCACCAUGUGCAGAGGGCCCGCAGGGUCAUGUGACCUGCCAGAGUACUGUACCGGGGCCUCUCCCUACUGUCCCGCCAAUGUCUACCUGCUUGAUGGCUCCCUCUGCCAGAAUGGAAAGGCCUACUGCUACAACGGCAUGUGCCUCACGCAUGAACAGCAGUGCCUGCAGCUCUGGGGCUAUGGAGCACGACCAGCCCACGAUGCCUGCUUUGAAGAUGUCAAUGCUGCAGGAAACGCAUUUGGGAACUGUGGGAAAGAUGAACACGGCAACUACAAAAAGUGUGAGAAAAGUGAUGCCAAGUGUGGCAAGAUUCAGUGCCACAGUGCUGCCAAGAAGCCCAAAGGCACCAAUGCUGUUUCCAUCGACACAACCAUCAAGACGGGCGGCAUUGAGGUUAAGUGCCGUGGCACCUAUGUUUACAGCACUCAAGAUGGCCAAGGUGACCUGCCUGACCCUGGCCUUGUAAUGACUGGCACCAAGUGUGGAGAGGGCAAGGUGUGCAGAGACCGCAAAUGCCAAAAUGCCUCUUUUACCGAACUGGAGUCCUGCCUUGCAAAUUGUCACAGCAAUGGGGUGUGUAACAACAAUGGGAACUGUCAUUGUAACAGAGGCUGGGCUCCUCCCUUCUGUGAGAAGGCAGGACUGGGCGGUAGCGUGGACAGUGGACCUGUGCAGAAUGAUAAUCAAGUGGGUUUGGUGGUGGGUCUACUGUUUGCCUUCCUGGUGGUCCUUCCAGCAGUGUUGCUGCUCUUCUAUUGCUGCAGAGUCAAAACGUCGUUCUACCACAAGUGGAUUUCACAGAGAGACAAAACCAAGAACAAGAAGGAAGCGUCAGUGGAUAAAGAGAAAAAUGGGCACCUGAAUCUUGCCUUUCACCUGAAGGUGGUUGGUCCAAUCAACAAAGCUGGUGGCCACAAAGGGCUUCCCCACACCAGCAAAGAUGUCCUGCCGCUCAGGCCUGGACCAGUGCCAAAUGCCACCCAGCCAGUCAACAUUAUGCGACCUCUAAGACCUACCCAGUCUCCCCAGGGUGGUCCUCGGGACCUCAAGGUGGUAAGGCCACCGCUCCCAGCUGGCAAGCCCCCAACAGUCCCAUCCAAAUCCCCCCCAACAUCACAGAGACUCAGCCCUCCUAAGAAACCACUGCCCCUUAACCCAACACGUUCCCCACUGCUGGUGUCUGAGCAGCAGUCCAGACCAUCCCCCUUCCCUCCACAGAGGCCUCUGCCCCUCAGUCCAGCCAGAGUAGCCUCUGCGACAGUGAGCCCGACCCGGUCCUCCGGCUCCAAAGCCACAGGCCUGCUUGUCAUGAUGCCUCCAGCAACUGGACCACAACCUGUGGGGAAAAUGUCAGCCAUCCCCCCUCUCAAAGUUCUCAGACCAAUCCCAGGUGCCAGACCGAACACAGCCUCGCAUCCUCUGUCACGAAAAUGACCUUCUCCUUGCUCUCCCUGGUGAGGAGGCAGCAGCUGACAGCCUAUUUGCACUAAAGAGACUUUAGCUGGUGAACACAGAACUGUCGCACGCAGCAGAGGACAAACAGAGCUGGUACCAGAGACACGGAGGAACAAAAUAGGACUUGCACCACUUCAGACUUCUAAUGAAACCCUGACCCUGCUCCGCUCUGCUUAUUUUUUCCCAUUGCCCAUACACCCCCCCUCCCCCACGCCAUUCCUGCUGUGCUAACAUUACCAUGACGACGCUACAUUGUGUGAAGGCCUUGCAGACUGAAACAUGUUGUUGAUGAUUAUUUACCAAAUCAAUUUUUAGUAUUACAGUUUUUUUAUGUGCUGAUGCUGUCCAUUUAUAAAUCUGCAUUUUGUAAUGACUAUUACUUUGUUUACAGUUUGUUUGAUGUUAUGUUGAAUGAUUUGUGUUUCGUGCCAAAGAACUCUUUGUGUACCUGCGGUGUGUCUGAAUUGUUGUUAAAUCUUGUUAUGUUUUACAUUAUGAAGAAUGUUUAAAGGUAAACCUGUUGGUACUGAGCUCUAUCAGGGGAAGGACAGCCAUUUACACAGCAGCUUCAUCUCCACAUGGUUUACAUGGUGGAAAGUUUGAUGGAGAGCUGGCAGGCCACACCCAGGUCUUAGUUUUUUUAAUCUCAUUUGCUCUGUGUUUUUCAUUUUUGGCUGGUGAACAUAAAUAUUUUUACAAAAACAUCAA